AUGCCUUUCUUCAAAUCAACGUAUGAAUACGUUAAAACAAGAAAAACCUUCGGGAGACAACCAUUGUUCCAAAUGGUACCGGGCCACGUGGUUGACGCUAUCUACCCUGACAAGGAAAUGCAAAAAUUGUAUGCGCUUAGAAAUCCUGUACAUCGCUUCGUACAAGCAACGCUGCCACAAUCAGAACAUGACUGUAACACGAAGCAACUGAUACUUCACGACACAAGUAUAAACCACGCAGAGGGUGGCUGGCCUCGUGAAGUGAACUGGGAUCACGAAGAACAAGUAAACCGCCACGUUCGACGCGUCUUACACGAUGAUGGCUAUGUAAGUGCGGUUAAGAACAUGGCCCCAACAAUACAGCACUGUAUCGACCAAAAUAAUGCUAUCGAAAUGUACACUACAUAUUUUAGUAACAUGCCGAAACAGGAACUUGUCGAAAAGUAUAGCAUUAAAAUAUCCAAUACUUUCCGUGACGAACUAAAAAGGCCAGUUUCAUCUAUAAUUUGGACUAAUGAGAAAAAUACUAAGUUAGCCGUAUCACAUUAUUCACCUAUACCGUCGCAUACUACCAGAGACGGAAGCUCUGAUUAUUUACAGAACAACUGCUAUAUCUGGGACAUACACGAAGAAAGUACUCCAUUACACGUAUUAAGACACGAGGACGCUUGCUGGCGCCUUGCAACGUCUCCUGUGAAUCCCGAAAUAUUAAUCGGUGGUAUGGAGAAUGGUACUGUAAAUAUUUUUGACUUGCGAAGCGGUGAUACAGCUGUAAGAAACAGCUCCGUUUUUCAUUCUCACAGUCGUCCAAUAACAGGAUUACUCUUCCUACAUAGUCGAACUAAUAAUGAAAUAUUUACUGGUUCACCCGAUGGACAAUGCUUAUGGUGGGACUUGCGAAAACUUUCACAUCCUGUAGAUAGCCUUCCAAUGGCGAUUAGAAUACCUCCAAAAGCGGAACCCAGUAUUAAAUAUGCUGAAGGUGUAAGUGCUUUACAAUACGACCGAAAUCUGCCGACUAGAUUCCUUUGUGGGACAGAGUCUGGUUUGGUAAUCAAUGUGAACCGUAUGGGCAAAACACACUCUGAAAUCUUAACUUCAUUUUGGGAGGCGCACUGUGGCCCGGUCCGAGCAUUACAUCGGAGUCCCUGUUUCCUGCGAAUGUUCAUGACGUGCGGUGACUACACUGUGCGAAUAUGGAGCGAGGAAAUUCGCGCUGCGCCCAUCAUAGUAACACGACCCUACCGCCAUCAAGUGACUGAUAUCGCUUGGGCUCCAAGACGCUUCUCCAGUUACAUGUCGAUUUGCGAAGGCGGAGUUUUUCGAUUUUGGGAUUUAUUACGAAAGUAUAAAGAACCUGUGGCACAGUUGCAAGUGUCCGACUAUCCUUUGACAAAGAUCACCCCUCAUGGAAAGGGCGAACUGAUCGCUAUUGGAGAUAACAUCGGCUCCACGUUCCUACUACAACUGUCUGAAAAAAUGACUGUAUCAGCCAAUCGCGAUAGGAAUCUUGUGUUGCAAAUGUACGAACGUGAAAGACGACGUGAACAUAUUUUGGACAAUCGAGUUAAGGAGCUCAAUCUUAAAAGACGCGCAGAGGAAGAAGCUCUCGCACUUCAUGAGACCCUUGUAGAAGACGAAGGCCUCGAAGAGGAAGAGAUAGAUAAGGAAACUGAAGAAAAGUACUUUGAAAUUGUGAAUCAGUAUAUACAACUACUGGGAGGAUCAGAAGAACAUGGAGAGAAAAGGAUUACUUUUGAGUAG